UUUUAGUACAUCGUACAUGUGCUACCCAAGACUACUGCUAACCAUGGAGCAUUACUAACGUUGACGGCAAAGAGUAAAAUAACUUGCUUAUAGUUGACGGUCAGUGACUUUGUGUUAGUGUUUACGAUUUAUUGUAUAAUUUAAAUUGUGAUUUAAGAGUAUAUUGAUUUGGUAUUGAUUGUAAGCCAUUUCGUGUUAGAUAUGACUGAAGCUAAAGAAAACAUCUUUUUAUUUGUACCUAACAUAAUUGGUUUCGGGAGAGUAAUUCUUGCUAUUGUAUCUUUCUAUUUCAUGCCGACCCACUGUGUGUUGGCAUGUACAUGUUAUAUUACAUCGGCUCUCCUGGACGCAUUCGACGGGCAUGCCGCGAGGUAUUUCAAUCAAAGCACUAAAUUUGGUGCUAUGUUGGACCAGCUAACAGACCGUGCUGGGACUGCGGGCCUGAUGAUGACUUUGGCUACUUUUUAUCCGAAAUACACCUUCUGGUUCCAAAUCUCGAUGGCUAUCGAUAUAACUUGUCACUGGUUAUUCUUGCACACAUCCACAUUGCAAGGGAAGACCUCUCACAAGUUCAUUGACAUGUCAGAGAAUCCUGUAAUGCAUUUGUAUUAUACGAACAAGAAUGUUUUGUUCUUUAUGUGUGCGGGUAAUGAGGCCUUCUAUGCGGCACUGUAUGUAAUGUACUUUUACACGGGCCCGACAGUGCUGGGAAUGGGUUUGUUCAAACUGAUAGCGCUGUUGUCCAUGCCUAUAGCUGUUAUAAAAGCGGCUAUAUCGGUUUUACACGGAAUCGUCGCAUCAAUGAAUUUAUCCAUCAUCGAUGUCAAUGAACGAGCGGCCAUCGCUCAGAAACAGAAUAAUUAAUUUGAAACUUGUAGCUUAUUAGACUCCUUUGUUUACCUAGUAUGCAUAAUAUUUGAUAUGAGUCAAUUUGGCUUUGAAUGUCUUCUUUGUUAAUAUGCCAAAAGAAAAGAAAACAGAAUUUAUUAUUUAUAUAUGUUAUGAUAAAUGUUUAAUAAAUUACACAAUUAAUAC